AUGUCAAACUGCCCGAUACCCGAUAGUCUUGAGGAAUAUGAUUUGCGCGCGGCUGCCGAUAUGGUGCUUCAGAAUAUUUCUGGCUGCAAUCAAAGCGAAUUCUACGAUGCGCUCGCCAAAGAGUACGGCGUCUUCUUCUUGUUCGAAGAUGCUCCAUUCGAUCAUCCGCUCAUUCUUCAAAUCUUCUAUGGAACAUUGUUCACCACCACAAUUCUGCUGGCUCUUUUAGGCAAUUUCACAGUCAUGUGGAUCAUCCUCUACCAUCGCCAAAUGCGAAACGUCACCAAUUACUAUUUGUUCAAUCUCGCCGUUGCUGACGCUUCCAUUAGCGUGUUCAACACUGGAUUUUCAUGGUCUUACAACUAUUACUAUGUUUGGAAAUUCGGAAGCUUCUAUUGCCGAAUAAACAAUCUAAUGGGUAUUACACCGAUCUGCGCAAGCGUUUUUACAAUGAUUGUGAUGAGCAUCGAAAGGUACUACGCGAUACUGCACCCGUUGAAGUCGCGUCCCGGUCGACGCUCAACGAUCACCAUCAUAUUCGGUAUUUGGUUUUUGGCGUUUCUUUGCGGGGUCCCUGCGCUCUUGGCAUCAAAGGUCGAUGUUUAUUAUUUCUACAAUGGAACACACCUAUAUGAGAACCCUUUGUGUAUGGCCGACAAUUAUCCAGAUGGUCCGAAUUCCAUCUGGGGACUUGUUUAUAACAAUGGUCUGAUCACGGUCCAAUAUAUUCUUCCCUUGUGCAUAUUGUCGAUUGCUUAUUAUCGCGUUGGUGUCGAGCUCCGAAAGGACAAAACAGUCGGAGACGUGCGGCAUGCCCGAUCGGUGGCGGCUAAGAAGAAGGCUUCGAUUAUGUUGGCCGUCGUCGUAUUCAUUUUCAUGUUCGUCUGGUUCCCCUACAACGCGUACUACCUGACUCUUCAUCUCGUCGAACCGAUCGGAAACCGAAUGCUGAGUCUCUACAUUUAUAUCAACAUUUAUUGGCUGGGCAUGUCAUCGACCGUCUUCAAUCCCGUUAUAUAUUACUUUAUGAACAAGAGAUUCCGCGUCGGCUUCCAUCACGCAUUCCGUUGGUUGCCUUUCGUCAAAUCCAACAAGGAAGAGUAUACAUCGAUUCUGACGCAUACUCGCCCAUCGAUAAAGCCGCCAACGAGCUAUAUGGAGAAAUCGGGAGUGUUAUGA